AUGUACCAGAUUCACGCUCGGCCAUUCCCCAAUGAAGGAACACCCGAUUACAUAGUUGAACCAAUUGUGUCGCUUGAGAUUGACAUUGAGAAUGCGCUAUCAGAGUCCGGUUCAGGCAUCAGUGGAAAAAAAACAGGGGUUGUUUCCGGGAUUAUGUCUGCGGCUGAAGAAAAUGGAGCAUGA